CGGCGGCAAAUAUGCGAGUACGCGCGUCUUUGACUGAUAAUUGAAUACACAAACAAGUUGUGUAAUUGUGUAAACCGUAACGCCACUUCUUUCACUUUCUUAGCAUUGAAAUGGCAUUUCGUGUUUGACCCAAAUCGUCAAAUCUUCGAAUCUUUCAUUAGACUGCAAAUAGAAAUCAAUAAAGGCAAUAAGAAGGAAUCGAUUUAGAAUACCUUUUUUUUUCUUCAUUUGACCCAUAUUCAUCGUGUUGAACUAUUGAUUUUUUUCUUUCUCUCUCUCUGUUUUUUGUGGAUAGUGGGUUUGUUACUUUUAGCUCUACUGUCUCGCUGCAGGCUUUGAUUUUUCAAACAAACACGCGCUUUUUGGAUUUUCGGCCUCUUUUAUUUGCGUCCCAAAAGUCUUGGGGUCCUUGCGCCCCGGAAGUCUUCUGUGAAUUAUGUUGUGACAUGGUGCUGCUUCUUCACUGUUUUGAGUAAACUUCUUCCGGGUGUUCUGAGCAUUCAGGGUUUCGUUUUCUGUGCGACUGUUUUUGGUUUACAUCUGUUGUGGCACGGAAGUUACAGGUCAGUUGCUUAAUUUGGCGCGCUUUUUUGGUAGUUUCUUUUGAUAUUUCCAACUGGGCAUCUCUGUAUCUUCAUUUAUUUUGAUGGGUGUGUGAAGGAAUUCAAAUUGGGUGAUUGGGUCUUUAAUAGGUUCUUUGGGUUUCAUGGAGCGGAAGGCUGUUGGGUAUCCGUGUUUUGAUUCCCAAAGACUGCAAUUGGGGGUUUAGUUGUUUGUAGUUUUCUUUAUAUUGGGUUCCUUUUAAUUCUGGGUUUAGUUCUUUCCUCAUCUCUCCUCCCUUUCCUCCUCUGGGUGACUGGGUGUAAUAACUUGUAAUUCUGGCAGGUCUUCUGUGUGCAAUUGGGGUUACUAUGUCGUGGAACCAGACGGUUUUUCCUUUGAUGUCGAACGAAAUUGGAGACUAUUGGUUGAUUUAGUUCUUGUUUAUUCUUAUUUUCAUUUCGGAUUUUUUUUUACUCCUGAGGUUAUACUGGGAUUUUCUAAGGAUUUUUUUUUUUUUGAAUAAGAAUCGGGAUUUUUUAUGCUAAAAACCAUGAAUUACAGUUGUCUAGCUGUUCUGUCUGCUAUUUCCUGGUUGCUACUGACUGCUACCAAAAGCGAUGGUAGCGAUGCAGAUAUUAACUGCUUGAAAAGCCUGAAAAGUUCACUGGAAGACCCUUUCAACUACUUAUCUUCAUGGAAUUUUAACAACAAAACAGAAGGUUUCAUCUGUAAAUUUACGGGGAUUGAUUGCUGGCACCCUGACGAGAACAGGGUCAUAAACAUUCGCCUGUCAGACAUGGGUCUGAAGGGCCAGUUCCCGAAGGGUGUUGAGAAUUGCACUACCUUGACAGGCUUAGAUCUUUCUAACAACAAUCUUUCUGGACCCAUUCCACUGGAUGUUUCAAAGAUGAUUAUAUAUGCGACUACCCUUGAUCUCUCCUCCAAUCGUUUUAGUGGUCAGAUCCCAGUUAGCCUCUCUAACUGUACAUACCUGAACACCCUCAAACUUGAAAAUAACCAACUGACAGGGGAAAUCCCCCCACAAUUUAUCCUACUCAAUCGUCUCAAGACAUUUAGUGUUGCCGACAAUCAGUUGUCUGGACCUAUCCCUACCUUUGUUAAUACCACCUUUCCAUCAGAUAGCUUUGCAAAUAAUCCGGCGCUAUGUGGGGAGCCUUUGGGUAGUAAAUGCACAGCACCUGCUAAGAAGUCUCAUGGUGCAGUUAUAAUUGGGUCAGCAGUUGCUGGGGUGGUUGUUACACUUUUGGUUGUUGGUGUUGCAUUGUACUUCUGGAUGCGUACAGUGUCCAUAAGGAAGAAGGAAGAAGACCUUGAAGGAAACAAAUGGGCAAAGAAUAUUAAGGGAACUAAAGGCAUCAAGGUUUCCAUGUUUGAGAGGUCUGUUUGCAAGAUGAGGUUGAGUGAUCUCAUGAAGUCUACUAACAACUUUCACAAAGACAACAUCAUUGGUUCAGGAAGAACAGGGACACUGUACAAGGCAUUGCUUCUAGAUGGUUCCUCCCUUAUGGUCAAGAGGUUACAAGACACACAACAUUCUGAGAAGCAAUUUAUAUCUGAAAUGAAUACUUUGGGGAGUGUGAAGCACCGUAAUUUGGUUUCUCUUUUGGGCUUCUGCAUGGCAAAGAAAGAGAGGCUUCUGGUGUAUAAAUAUAUGCCAAAUGGGUGCCUCCAUGAUCGGCUGCAUUUUGUGGAGGUUGAGGCUAAGUCCAUGGAAUGGCCACUAAGGCUAAGGAUUGGGAUAGGAGCAGCCAGAGGCCUUGCAUGGCUCCAUCAUAACUGCAAUCCCCGUAUUCUCCAUAGAAACAUAAGUUCCAAAUGCAUAUUGUUGGAUGAGGAUUUUGAGCCAAAAAUAUCCAAUUUCGGACUUGCAAGGCUUAUGAACCCAGUUGAUACACACUUGAGUACCUUUGUGAAUGGGGAUUUUGGGGACUUGGGUUAUGUUGCUCCUGAGUAUGCACGGACACUGGUGGCUACUCCCAAGGGAGAUGUUUACAGCUUUGGUAUUGUGCUUCUUGAGCUUGUUACUGGUGAGAGACCCACCCAUGUAGCAAAUGCCCCUGAAGGCUUCAAAGGAAACUUGGCAGAGUGGGUUACAAAACUUUCAAGUGAUUCUCGUCUCCAAGAUGCCAUUGAUAAGUCUUUGGUUGGGAAAGAUAUUGAUGGCGAGCUCCUCCAAUUUCUUAGAGUUGCCUGUAAUUGUGUCUUGCCAACUCCAAAGGAGAGACCUACUAUGUUUGAAGUAUACCAGCUUCUAAGAGCCAUUGGAGAAAGAUACAAUUUCACAGUUGAUGAUGAAAUUCUAGUGCCAUCUGACUCUGGUGAUGCUGACAUCCUCAAUGAACUUAUUGUUGCUCGAGAAAUGAACCACUGAAAAGGUAUUAUUAAGAUAUAGUACAAGAUGUAACCAAAGCACUAUAAACAAUCUGUAAUGUCUGCAAUUGUAUGAUUUCAAAUCGAAUUCUUAUUUUAUAGAAUUUUAGUUUUUGUUUUAGCUGUUAUACAUCGGAAUCCCGCUUGUAUGUGUUCCAUUUCCCAUGUAAUCUAGAGAAAUUAUCCCUUAUCUCCA